UUUGGCUUAGACUUGUAUGCUUCCUUGUUUUCUGUCGCUUUUCUGCGAUUUCUGCGGACUCUCAGUCUGGUAAAUUAUGAGUUUUCAUGGUAUCAAAAGGGAGCGAGUGACUCCUUGGAAGAGGGUGCCAAAGGUCCUGAUGUUGAAAGGGAAUCAAUGAAUAACAAACCAAAGCGACGAAGAUUUUAUUUAUAUCCGCAAAAUAGGCACUUAGAUGCUUACACGAAGAGGGCUGCUUUAACAGUUUCCAGAUCUGUCGUCAGUCUUGAAUCAUACUCUGGGGAAGAGAUGAUAUUUCAAUGUUCUGGAACUAUUGUAGACAGUGUAGACACUUGCAACAUAAUAUUAACCACUGCAAGUCUCCUCAGGUGUUCCACAAAUAGAAAUUCUGUAGUAGAUAAUAUCAAGGUUAUCGUGCACCUAUUCGAUGGGAGAUCAUUUGAUGGUCAUAUUGAAUCAUAUGACUUCCACUACAACAUUGCUGCCAUAAAGAUUCAAUUAGACACACUACUCCCAGUUGCAUCCCUGGCUUAUUUAAAUGAUUCCAUUGUGAUUGAUCCAAGCCAACUACAGGAUUCUGAGAAGAAGUCAUUUCAACUUUGCCCUCAUUCAAAUUCAUUUGAUCUUUUUCCUGGAGUUUCAAUUAUUGCACUUGGUCGGCUUAAUAGGAAGCCAUACGAUAUCAUGGCUGCUCCUGGUGAAUUCAGCAUUGAUCGAUGUCACUAUGGCGAUUUCUACUGUAAAGAGCUUUUCAUGACGACUUGCAAAUUACAAUAUGCGGUGAUGGGGGUCCACUGAUUAAUCACUAUGGAAAAAUCAUUGGUAUCUGCUUUUAUGCCGUGGGCUGUUCUGUGUUCUUACCAAUCAAUAUAGCUUCCAUAUGGUGGGAGCAUCAUAAGAAAUAUGGUCAAUCACGUCCACCUUGGCUCGGGAUGGAAGUAACUAACCUUUAUGCAGCUAACCUAGAACUUCUAGAAAGAAUUAUUCCGAAGUUGCCUGACGUCUUGAAAGGUGUCAUUGUUGAAGAGGUCGUACCUGGUUCUUCUGCUGAAUCCGCUGGGGUAAAACACAAUGAUGUUAUAGUUCAUUUUGGUGGAACAAGAAUUCACAGUUUCUUGGAGCUAUUUGAAAACAUGUGGAAUAAUGUUGGAGAAUCUAUGGAGUUGGCUGUGAUAAGAGCAAGUCAUGAUGUUCCUGUACAUCUUAGGAUGGUGGUGGAGGAGGUCACAUCAGAUAAAUUAUACAGAUGGCCACUUUGGAAGGAAUGAUGACAUUCGAGGAUAGUAACAUCUUAAGAGUUGCAGGCAAUGGGAAGAUGUAUGGUGGUUCUAACAUGCAAUGCGAAUUAAGCUAGUUGAUCAGUGCUAACUUGAGUCUGCUAUCUAUUUUUGGGAACACUUUUUGGAACUCGAGAUAACUUGAAACAUUUUCUUUUUGUAUAUUAUGUUCUCCAUGCAUUUUGUUGCAUGUGUUUACAGCAGAAAAUCUAGUUUAGUUUUGUUAUGGAUAACAGUUAUUCUACUUAACUGCAAUUACUACGAGGACACACGAAUUUGAUUACAAAUUGUGUCAAGUUUAAAUGAUUACUAAACCUUGAUUUCUUUGUCAGUUUUUCUUUGAA